UUAGUUCAAGGCAGACAAGUGCGUGGGGUGGAGUUGGUUGCCACAAUACCGAAGGUUGUAUUUUCUUGCCAGCUCAUAUUGCCUAAAUAUACACCGGGCAACUGGUAGUUUGUGCCCUUAUUACCCCCAAAGGUCACCGAAGAGAAAACGAGGAAAAAGAUAGGACGGUCUGUUAAUUAAGUCCGGGUUUUGUAAUAGUUAAUUCUGAAACGAGAAGAGGACGUGUGAAAAGACAAGAUGGGGGCCUACGACGAAAAGAAGGAAACUUGCGGAACGAUUUGUCUGAAGUACCUGCUCUUCGCGUUCAACUUCCUGUUCUGGUUGGCAGGGGGCGUUGUAAUGGCAGUGGGAAUAUGGACUCUGGUGGAGAAGAGCGACUACAUCAGCCUGCUGUCCUCCAGCACGUACGCAGCCUCCGCCUACAUCCUGAUCCUGGCGGGGGUCAUCGUCAUGGUAACGGGUGUGCUAGGAUGCUGCGCCACCUUCAGGGAGCAGAGGAAUCUUCUGAGAGUGUACUUUGUCCUGCUGUUGUGCAUCUUCCUGCUGGAGAUCCUCGCUGGAGUCCUGGCCUACAUCUACUAUCAGCAGUGUUCCCCUUUCCCCUGCUUCCAGCUGAACGAGGAGCUGAAGCAGAACCUGAGGGAGACCAUGGUGCAGAAGUACAAGCAGGAGAACGAGAAACAGAUCACCAAGGCGGUGGACAAGCUGCAGCAGGAGUUUAAGUGCUGUGGCAGCAACAGCUCGGCGGACUGGGCUGAGAGCAAGUGGGUGACGACUGGGCAGGCGGGGACGAGGAAGGUCCCGGACAGCUGCUGCAAGACCAUCACCGAGAACUGCGGCGAGAGGUACCACCCCUCCAACAUCUACAAGGAGGAGGGUGGGUGCAUCACUAAGCUGGAGAAGUUCAUCCUGGAUCACCUGAGGAUCAUCGGGGCAGUGGGCAUCGGGAUCGCCUGCGUGCAGAUCGUGGGCAUGGUGUUCACGUGCUGCCUGUACCGGAACCUGAAGGCGGAGCCGUACUGAGGACGGAAGGCAGGGCCCCCGCCCGAGCCAUCUGCAGGGCUCUUCUCUCACAUCACGCUUUCUCUCUCUCUGCCUGUCUGUCUGUAUAUGUGCCCUGUAAAUAGAUGGGAGAGAGGAAAGGGUGCGGAAGUGAAGAAAGGAGGGAUUGUGGAGAGGUCCUGUUUUUUUCACUCAUCUGUUUCAUUCUCAGAAAAGUUGUUGGAUUUUAAUUUCUUCUUCUUUUUUUUGGCAGGUGCAAUUUAGUUCACCCAAUUGUCCCAUUGAUAAUUUUAAAUGCUUUUUUUUCCUUCAUAGACUGAACAACUCGUUGACAAAACACAGCGAGAAUACAAAAUAUGAAGUAUAUUUGAAGUAUGGAUAAGUAAGAACGUUGAAUGAGCCAUAGAUUGUUUUUGAACUUAGAAUGAGUUUGAGAUUGUUUAGGAAUGAUGUGUAGAGGACUUUAGAGCCAUAUAGAGUCUGAGGAUGAGAAACGAUGUUGAGCAUGUAGUUUUAGUGGUUUUGGUAUAGUAAGUAAGGGAGACAAGUAGGCAGAUGUAAAGUGUAGCUGCUUGUAUAAUGGAUAAUGUUGACUGAGUUUAACUUCUGCCUUCUUGCCUUUUUUUUUUUUUUUUUACAAUUCUGUCUACAACGGCACUAAGUACUUAAGUAUUUUUCUACAAACCUACACGUAGCUAAUUAACUCAGGCAAUUUCUGAUGCCUUUGUCAUGUUCACGUUUUUAUAUGGGUUUCAAUCUCUCCCUACACAUGCCAAAGCAGUCAAGAAACUUUUAUCUAUUAACUUUUUAUUAAAUUAGUGCAAAAUUCAGGCUGCUCUCUAUUAUCUCUUUCAUGCCUUUGUUUUCAUAUCUUCCUUUUGUAGUUUUAAAAUGAUAAAGUGAUCACUGUUUUUUAUAAUGCAAUAACAGUUACUGUAUUUGCCAAGCAGUAUGAGGACAUAAUAUCAGGUCAGAGCGGACUGAUAUGAACCAAGCUUAAAAGGUACCUGUGGAUUGUCUUUGAAAUCGUAACAUUGAAGGGAGUUUAGCAUCAUUAAACUGACAUUUCGUGGAAAGAGUGAAUAAAUACUAACAACAGAGAACCCAAGGUGAGAUGUAUAGUUGGACAUGCCAAACGUGUGCUCUGGAAGUGCUUGGCGCAUCAGACCUACAUUUAUUUAGCUAGCAGCCUGGGUGCCUUUUAAAUGAGUAUGACUGUCAAAUGAACUGACUGAACUAAUAGUUGUUAUUUUAUAGAAAAAUGUAUAACUAAGUAUAUAGCGAGAAUAAAUGUAUGUUAACCCA